UGGACGAAGAAGAUUCAUCCCUAAGCAAACUCUGACUGAUAUAUACUCCACCGCGCCGUGUACCUCAAGGGCACCCUAAGCGCCGAAGGGCGAACAGUACUAGCAGCUGAGUGUGCGCGACGCAGAGUCAUCGGAGGUCGAUGGCCGGAGGCGGAGGAGACGAGGAGGUGACGCUGCUGGGCCACUGGGGGAGCGCGUACGUGACACGAGUCCGGCUAGCGCUGCACCUCAAGGGCGUGCGGUACGAGUACGUGGAGGAGGACCUGCGCAACAAGAGCGACCUCCUCCUCCGCUGCAACCCCGUCCACCGCGCCGUGCCGGUGCUCAUCCACAACGGCCGCCCCGUCUGCGAGUCCCAGAUCAUCCUCCAGUACAUCGACCAGGCCUUCGGACCUCCCACUCUCCUCCCCGCCGACCCGCACGAGCGCGCGGUCGCCCGGUUCUGGGCAGCCUACGCCGACGACGUGCUGGGGGCGCCGUGGGAGAAGGCGUACAGGGCCCGCACCGAGGAGGAGCGGGCCGGGUGGAUGAGGCGGGUGGUGGCGGCCACGGACGCGCUGGAGCGGGGGCUGAGCGAGUGCACCGACGGGGGCAAGAAGGGCUGCUUCUUCGGCGGCGAGCGGGUCGGGUUCGUCGACGUCGUGCUGGGCGGCGUUGUCCCGCUGGUGCACGCCACCGUGGAGAUCUCCGGGGACAUGCUCUUCGGCGACGCCGGGAGGACGCCGCUGCUUGCCACCUGGCUGCAGCGCUUCGGCGAGCUCGACGCCGCCAAGGCGCUCCUGCCGGACGUCGACCGGGUCGUGGACUACGUCAGGAUGAUACACGCCAAGAACGCCGCUGUCAAGGCUUCUGCGAAUUAAACCGGCAUGCAUGGUUACAUGGACACAUAAUUGAUGUACACUCCCUCCUUCCUCCGUCCCAAAAUAAGUUACUCAAUUUAUAAAGUUAGUACUAUAAAGUUGAGUCACUUACUUUAGAAUGGAGGAAGUAUUAUCUUAUUUUCCACGUUUGCUUUAUGGCAACCACUCAAUUCUCCUAGGCGUAGACGUUGGCAACAGCGUGGGCUGCGUCGACGUCGACGCAGUAGGCUAUGAAAAAAGUUUGAGCUCAACGAAACUAUUUCAGCUCGCUUUAGGCUCAGCUCAAUCCCUAAAGGAGUCGAGCUCGACAUACGUGAAUAGUUUGAUCAAGCUCGUUUGGAGGUGAUUUUGUUGAGCCGAGCUCAAGCUUUGUCGAAGUCAAUCUAGUAUUUUUCAUUUAAGUGAGCAUUACUUUCUUAUAGUGCAGACUCACUUGAUCGAGCUGAGCUUGAGUCCACCCAAGCUUUGUAAGGAUUAUUAGGUUUUUAUAUGUCUGAACAAUGAUAUAUUAGUUA